UCCAAACAAAACUUUCUAGAUGGGAGGGUUCAAGGGAGCUGGAGGGAGAAGGACCCGCACCUCACUCUUAGCUUGGAGGGGAGGGGAGAAAGAAAAUAAGGGCAUGAGUAAGUUUUCAAGAAAGAUGAUCACAUCUUGCAAAGGAGGGAGAGAGGGCUGGCUGCUUUCUCCAUGUGGAAAGUGCGGGAAAAGUUCUAACUUUGAGCUCUCUCUCUCUCUCUCUCUCUCUCUCUCUCUCUGUGUGUGUGUGUGUGUGUGUUGUGGGUUUUUUGGGGGGUGGAUUAGACCAUGACACAAGGCGGAGGUGGAAGGGAGUCUUCUCCAGAGCAGGAGGAGGAAAAAGAAAGGAAGAAGAGGAGAAGGAAGAAGAAGAAAGAAGCAUGCAAGACGCGGAGGGUAUGUUCCAACUUGCUGGCACCUUGGCCCGAAGCGGAGAACCCCCCUCCCCCCACAGCCGACAACAGGCUGCAGACCACCAAAUACACGGCUCUGUCCUUCCUGCCCAAAAACCUCUUUGAGCAGUUCCAUCGCCUGGCCAACGUUUACUUCGUCUUCAUCGCCCUGCUCAACUUUGUGCCGGCUGUCAACGCCUUCCAGCCUGAGCUGGCCUUGGCCCCCGUCCUCUUCAUCCUGGCGGUCACAGCGGUCAAGGACUUGUGGGAAGACUACAGCCGGUACCGUUCAGACCAAGAGAUCAACCACAUGGAGUGCCUGGUCUACUGCAGGAUUGAAAGGAAGUACACCACCAGAUACUGGAAAGAAGUGAAGGUCGGAGAUUUCAUCCAGCUGCGUUGUAAUGAAAUCAUCCCUGCUGAUAUCUUGCUGCUUUCUUCGAGUGACCCCGAUGGUCUGUGCCACAUUGAAACCGCUAAUCUGGAUGGGGAGACCAACUUGAAGCAGAGACAAGUUGUAAGAGGAUUUCUAGAACUCGACUCUGAAUUUGACCCAUUGAAGUUUACUAGCCUAAUUGAAUGCGAGGAGCCGAAUAACGACUUAAGUAGGUUUCGAGGCUUCAUUGUGCAUGGAAGUGGAAAAAAGGUUGCGCUGAGUAAAGAAAACCUUUUGUUGCGGGGAUGUACGAUUAGAAAUACAGAAGAAGUCUCAGGAAUAGUCAUCUAUGCCGGACACGAGACAAAAGCCUUUCUCAAUAACAGCGGGCCGCGUUACAAGCGAAGCAAGCUCGAAAGACAAAUGAAUGUCGAUGUCCUUUGGUGUGUCCUCAUUCUUAUUGUGAUGUGCUUGUUUUCAGCCGUUGGUCAUGGAAUCUGGGUCUGGCAAUACGGUGACAAAAAGAAGCCUGUUUUUGUUGUCCCGGAGCCCAGAGGAAACUAUUUGCCUCCAAUUAAAGCUGCAGUUUAUUCGUUUUUAACCAUGAUUAUAGUAUUUCAGGUAACUAUACACCUAUUGCUUGAGGCACCUUUUGUUGUUGUUGUUGUUUCGGCCAAGUCACAUUGGGCCAAAAGAUUACUAAAUUGCAAGGGGUUGGACUUGGUGACCCUCGCGGUCCCUUUCCAACUCUGCAACGCUGUGAUUCUGUGUGGGUUUUCUGUGGAAUGUCAAUUGCUUUGAUUAAGGGGUGAGGAGAGAGAUUUCCCAGGGAAAGUAGUGGGAGUCCCAUGCCUAGAAAGCACGAGAGAAGCAGAAAAGGGCUUGGACCUGCGCUUUCUAAGCAUGGAACAAGCAGAGUAUGAACGAACCAUCAGAAAAUUGAUACCCCAUAAUACGGCAGCUGGACUGGUGACUGGAAGUGGCCGCCGAGACCAUAUAACACCGGUACUGAAAGACCUACAUUGGCUCCCAGUACAUUUCUGAGCACAAUUCAAAGUGUUGGUCCUGACCUUUAAAGCCCUAAACAGCCUCAUCCCUGUAUACCUGAAGGAGCGUCUCCACCCCCUCGUUCUGCCCAGACACUGAUUUCCAGCGCUGAGGGCCUUCUGGCGGUUCCCUCAAAGCAAGAAGUAAGGUUACAGGGAACCAGGCAGAGGGCCUUCUCGGUAGUGGCGCCCGCCUUGCGGAAUGCCCUUCCAUCAGAUGUCAAGGAAAUAAACAACUAUCUGACUUUUAGAAAACAUCUGAAGGUAGUCCUGUUUUUAAUGUUUGAUGUUUUAUUGCUUUUGGGAGCCACCCAGAGUGGCUGGGGAAACCCAGCUAGAUGGGUGGGGUAUUAUUAUUAUUACUAUUAUUAUUAGGCCUCUCCUGUGGGUUUCCCUUUAUGCCUCGGGAGGCAGGAGGCUAGAAAGCUGCUCCCUUUGGGCUCAUUGUUGUCUACACUGACUGGCAGCACCUUUCCAGAAUUUUGGGCAGGGGGACCAAAAUCCCUGCCUUACCUGGAGCUUCCAGGAUUGAACCAGGGAAAUUCUGCACAAAAAGCAGCUGCCCUUCUGUGUCGGUGAAUACAGACCACGUUCUGACUUGAGGGAAGCCUUCCUGCUUUGUGAAGUCCGCCCCCAAGCGCAGCCCAGCGUCCAAGCCUGCCCCUCCCACCAUUGGCCCUGGGAGGCAGGCUUAGAUUGGU